AUGCGCACCCCGCUGGUGAAGCGGCACACACUAGAGGAUCUAGCACUCAGCGCCGCCGAGGCCCAGAACCGCUACCACAAGAAGGUCAAAGAACUCAGCCAGACCCUGCUGGAGGAGCUGAGGCGCAACAUGCACAAGUACAACGGCUCCCGAGAGCGGAGUGUUCGCGCGGCUCGCUGGCAGACGGAUGAGCUGUUGAGCUACGAAAAGUCGCUCUGCCAGGAGUUCAGCGCCGAGUGGGAGCGACACUACUGGUACGGCAGGACCGGCGGCCAGUCGGACGACGACUUCAUUCCGGCACGCAGACCAACAGAGGGCGAGCCAGAAAGCUCUGGAGAUUUUCGUGGUGAUGACGUCAAUUUCGAGCUAAUGGCCAACGACCGACCCCGGGUCACCAUAAAUACGGAGAAGAGAUUUAUCUUGACGAGGAAAAUGUUGGCCACUUUUGAGGAAUACGCUUCCAGAUAUAAGAUGGUACCUGUGGAGCUGCUUGUCAAGAAGUCACGUCAGGCUCAGGCUGGCGCCAAGGCGCGGAGGAAGACCAUGGAUGAUUUCAUCAGUGUGCAGUUUGGCAUGGCCAUGGUCAAUCUGAGCUACUUGCUGUAUCCAGGAGUGGGCCGGCUGCGCGGUGCCUACCGGAUCCAGUCCCUGGACCCAGCCCGUUACGAGGAGCAGACGGGCGGGCGGCGGAGCCUGUUCCUCCAGCUGACCGCUGGCAGUGCCAUGGAGGACACGGGCUCCAUCGUCAACGGCAAGAAGAGCGAGGUCGACAGGGCUGAGAAGAGGGAGAUCAAAGAGGAGAAGCCAAAGAAGAGCAGGGAGGACGGCAAGGACGGUGACAAGGCGAAAGACAAGGAAAAGCACUCCGCCGGCCUGCCGAUGUCACUGGCCUCCAACCUCAAUAUCCACCUGAUGCCUGAGCUGCCAGCCAGGGCGGAAAACGACGUCUUCAGCUGUGGCAAGAUGUACCUGGUGCUGGACAUACGGAUGCGCACCCCGCUGGUGAAGCGGCACACACUAGAGGAUCUAGCACUCAGCGUGCAGUCCCUGAUUCCACACCGGGACGACGUGACCCGAGAGGCCCGCAGCGCCGCCGAGGCCCAGAACCGCUACCACAAGAAGGUCAAAGAGCUCAGCCAGACCCUGUUGGAGGAGCUGAGGCGCAACAUGCACAAGUACACGGCGCCCGAGAGCGGAGGUGAGGAGAGCCGCUCGCUUCAGCAUUGCGUCUUCACGCUCAUGCUAGCUGGUGGCUAA